AUGGAUUUGGACGGAUUCAUUUACCAAUGUGGACGGAGUGGUGUGGAGAUGAUCUAUUGCCCAUUGAUUGGUGAAGUAUUCGUCGAUGCAAAAACAAGGUUUAGCAGCAGAACCCUGUUGCCAGCUGUUGGAAGAUGGUGUAAAUUCAAUGCACGGCUUGAGGAGGAUGGUAGGUGGUAUGCACGAUGGUUCGAUCUGAUGCCGAUACCGCGGGUGAAAUGUUCCCUCAUGGAAGACGGAGAGUGCAUCCUCGAAGGAAUUGGAACAGUGUGCGAUGUCUCUGAAAAUUCCGGUUACCUAUGGAACGAUUACAUCGGUUUCAUAGCGAUGCAUGGGGAAAUGGUUCAGCAAUUAACACCACUGACUGCUGUGGAAUUCAUAUGCGUACCAUGCCAUAGCGGUCCUGUGGCUUAUUUUACGGCUACUCAAAUCACCAGCCGUCCAAAAAUUGCGCUCAAUUCGGAUUUGCUUCUAUUCGCCAGAGCAGCUGAUGUGAAAGAAAAUGGUGUUGUCGAAGUUCCAGGUUGCGCAAUCACACUCCUAGAUGAAGCAUGUAUGGAUCGGCCACUGCCUGGCAGCAAAAUUUCUGUGUUGUAUUACCAGCAGUACACCGAUCGAAGUCAUGGCAUUGGCAUCUUUGCCACCACUGAUAAAACUAUUGUUGAUAGCAUUGCAAUGGGAGAAGAGGAUGUGGAGGAAGAGGAAGUAUUCUGUGAUGCGGUUGAUGGUAAGCAUUCGCCUGUUUUUUGCUUUUGUGCAGCUAACUUUGUAGAUGAUUUGAGAAAUGCAAUGAAUCCAGCUUUCCUUUUGAAGAAAAAGGAGUAUGAAAGCAAAGAAAUAGAUUUGAGCAAGAUGCUGCCAGAAUUGUUGUCUCCGCAAGUAAGUGAUUAUUAUUAUUGUUAUAAAGAUUUCCAUCAUAGAGAAUUUAUGCUCUACAGGAAUGAGCAAAAAGCAAAAAACUAUCCAAUAACAUUGCAGACGAUCAAGAAAUCUGAACUGCCUACC